UCUUCUUAAUUAUAUUGUUUCAAAACUGUACGUACUGUGAGCAUAAAGAAUGAGUACUGAGGGUUUAUCAAAAGCUCUGAAUGUAAGAAAGGUUGGGAGUGGGGAAGAGACACUGGUUCUAACACAUGGGUUUGGAGCAGACCAGUGUGUGUGGGACAAAGUAGUUCCCAGGUUGGCCCAAUCGUACCAAGUUGUACUGUUCGAUUGGUGCUUUUCUGGAGCUGUUGAGGACAGGACUUUAUUUGAUGCUGACAAGUAUUCUUCCUAUCAGCCUUUUGCUGAUGACUUGAUUGCCCUUCUGGAGGAACUCAACCUCAAAUCUUGUGUUCUUGUUUCCCAUUCCAUGUCUGGUCUUAUUGCCUGCAUUGCUUCCAUUACAAAACCUCACCUCUUUAAGAAGCUCAUCCUUGUCUGUUCUUCUCCCAGGUUCUUGAACGACACGGAUAAUGAUUAUAAAGGAGGGUUUGAAAAAUCAGACAUUGACCAACUCCUCUUCAACAUUGAAACUAACUUUGAUCAAUGGACUUCAGGCUUUGCAAACGCUGUAAUGGGUCCAAAAGACCCUCUUUCCGUGGAAUAUUUUGAGAAAAGUUUUAAGAAAAUGGGAGCCCAAGUUGGUUUAGCCAUGGCAAAAGUGAUCUUCGUCAGUGAUUAUAGGAGUGUUCUUGACAAGGUUACUGUCCAGUGCACCUUAAUUCAUGCCGAGGUUGAUUUCGUGGUUCCGCCCGAAGUCGCUACCUUCAUGCACCAAAACAUUGGAGGUGAAGCCACGAUUAAGGUUUUUGAAGGUGAGGGACAUUUCCCUCAGCUAACUGCUCAUGAAGAUUUCCUCGAGGCUGUUCUUGCAGCCUUAACUUGAAAUGUGGUUUUGCAUUAAGGUUUAUCCGUUUAUGUGCAACAAAAAAUAACCAGUUGGACUGGUUACGCUUGUUUCAGUGUGUUUUUGUAGUUUUUAUCAAUGUGUUUGUGUAUUUUCUUAAUUUUUAUCAGUCUUUUUGUAACCUCCAUAUCACCUGUUUUAAACAGUUAAAUUAUUAUUAUUAUUAUUA